AUGGCGGCCCCCCGGCGGCUGGUGCGGAAGAAGCCGGUGCCCGCCUGCCCUAAUCCCCUCUUCAUGCAGUGGCUGACAGAGUGGAGGGAUGAGGCCGCUGAGAAGGGCAAGAAGACCCAGUUCGUGUAUCAGAGGGCCCUAGGGUCCCUUCGGAGGUACCCGCUGCCUCUGCGCAGCGGGCGUGAGGCCGCGAUUCUGCAGCAUUUUGGGGACUGGAUCUGCCAGAGGCUGGACGAGCGGCUGGAGAGGCACCGUGCUGAGCAGGGUGCAGAUGCCCCCCUUGAAGCCAUGGGAGGGGCCAGCCCCUCCAUGGGGGGACAGGAAAGUGAUCCCCCCAGCACAGAGCACCGCUCCCCCAACAACCCCUCUGCCUCACAGACCUUACUUGGUGAUCUGGAGCCUCCCCCCACGAGGAAGCCCCGUCCCCCCCGGGGGUACAUCCCAGCCUCACGCUCCGGGGGCUACGCUGUGCUGCUAGCCCUCUAUAAGGACAGCAUGAGCCCACACAGCCGGGGGUUCCUGACGAAGUCUGAGCUGCAGCGGGCGGCUCAGCCGCUGUGUGACAAAUCCUUCACCCUGGGUGACCCUGGAAAUAGGUACACAGCUUGGGCAUCAGUGGGCACCUUGAUCCGCAAAGAGCUGGUGCUGAAAACCAAUGUCCCGGCCAGGUACUCUCUGACACUGCAGGGGCUGGCGCUAGCCCAGAGGCUUGUGGCUGCGGAGCAGGCCCUGAUUUCAGAGGGUCGAGCCCCAGAAUCCAAGACACCCCAGGGCACAGAGCCCACGCAUCCUGCUGGGGAGGAGAAACUGCGCCCGGAGCCCCAGCUGCUCGACGGCGCCCUGGGACCCCAGGAGGGGGCAGCGGGUGGCUCUGGAGGGCAGAGGCCCCCUGACCCCGAAUUUGUGCUGAGACCUGGCCAGUUUGACAUCAUCCUGUGUGUGGAUUUUAUCGAGACCAUGGGUGGCCCAGCAGCCCGGAAGCAGGAUCUGCUGGCCGAGCUGCGCCGGAACGCUGUGCCCUUCGACGUGCGCAAGCUGCAUGUGGGGGACUUCGUGUGGGUCGCCCGUGAGAGGGUCCACCCCCGCCCAGGGCAGCUGCACCUGCCCCCAGCACGGGAGCUGGCCCUGGACUACGUGGUGGAGCGGAAGCGAAUGGCUGACCUGUGUGGGAGCAUCAUCGACGGGCGCUUCCAUGAGCAGAAGUUCCGUCUGCAUCGCUGUGGGCUGUGCCACCCCAUCUACCUGCUGGAGGAAUCAGGAUUGACCCAGCACCUGAGCCUGCCCGAGAGCACCCUGCAGCAGGCAGCCACCAGCACUCAGGUAGUGGAUGGCUUCUUCGUCAAACGCACCCGUGACCUGCGGGAAUCGGCUGCGUAUCUGACCAUCAUGACACGUCAUCUGAACAGCCUGUAUGGGAACAAGACCCUGGUGAGCUGCACCAAGGAAGAGUCUCAGGGCCGCUGCCUCCUGCAGCCCAACAGCGACUCCUGCACCCUAAUGACCUUCCAGGAGUUCAAUGAGGGAGCUGUCAAGAACAAGGCUCAGACUGUGCGCGAGGUGUUUGCUCGGCAGCUCAUGCAGAUCAGUGGAGUGAGUGGGGAGAAAGCAGCCGCCAUUUUGGAGAGAUACAGCACACCGGCCAGCCUGCUGGCCGCCUACUCCGCCUGCCCAGACCCUGAGAGCAGGGACAAGCUGCUGAGCACCAUCAAGUGUGGCAAACUGCAGAGGAACCUGGGCCCUGCCCUGAGCAGGACGCUCUCCCAGCUGUACUGCAGCCCUGGCCCCCUCUCCUGA